GCCUCCAGCUGAAAACCGCUACACACACACAACACACACACACACACGCACACACAGCCAGUUUGGAGCGCGCCUAUAAAAUGAGCAAAACGCGGCGCGCUCUCGAACAGUCUCUUGAUUUGUGGAGCAUAUUAUUAAGACCAAACGCGCGACGGUCGUCCAGUCAGUCGACGCAGAGCGCUGCAGCAGCAACAACGACGACGACGACGACAAUUAGAACGUGCAAAGUGCAAAAGUAAAUAAAUAGCGAGAGUUAAUAUUGUUAUAACACGCGUGGAAUCAGUGUGGAAAAUCCGACUAUCUCAAGCGCAUAAUUUGGCCAACAACAAAACGCUCUUUUAUGGCGCAUCAGCGAAACAAACGCUCAGCGACUGCCAGCAAAUUCUACAAGAACAAUAACGGCAACAGCAGCAGCAGCAGCUAGCAUAAAGCAACAAAAAAACAACAACAAAUAUUGCUGAUUUAUACAAAUACAAAUAUUUUGCUAACUUUUGUACGAACAACGUUUAAAGCCUUUUUGAGCACAAUUGAUUUACUGUUGUUGUUGUUGUUGUUCUGUUUGUGCACAAAGAAGAAGACAUUGCCAGCUGUUCGCUGAGAAAAAUUGCGGUAAAAUAUUGACAAUCCAAUUGGAACACUCAAAAUAAAAGGGUGGGCAGCCCGGUCAACGUCCUGCUGCCUAACAAAAAGUGUGGUUAUGCACGGCUUUGUCCUCGCUGCCGUCGGCUGUUGAAGGUGAGCCAAGGACAUUUUGCACUGCCUGCCGGCAGAGUUGGAAGCUCUCUCGUAGCGCGGCCUAUCAAAAGUUGUUGAAGAUAACAGCCCUGUACUGAUCCCGAACCACAACCCUGCCCCAUACACACACACACACACACACAGAGAGCCAGGCAACAGUCACUCAAGAUGCGUAUUUUUCCCGUGCGACUCUCGGCCGUCUCGUCGUCCAUGUCGAGCUUGGCCAAAAUGUUGGAUUUCUACUCAGGCUUCAAUCCGUCGCCGCUUUCAAUUAAACAGUUUAUGGAUUUCGGCCAGAAUGCAUGCGAAAAGAAAUCGUUUAUAUUUCUGCGCAAGGAGCUGCCCGUGCGUCUGGCGAAUAUCAUGAAGGAGAUCGCCUUGCUGCCGGACAAUCUGCUGCACACGCGUUCCGUGAGCGAGGUGAGCUCCUGGUACGUGAAGAGCUUCGAGGAUGUGCUGGAGUACGAGAAGAUCGAACCCACCCACGAGAAUCUGCAAAAAUUUGUGCGCGAUUUGGAUCUCAUUAGGAAUCGCCACAACGAUGUUGUCCAGACGAUGGCGCAGGGCGUCAUCGAGAUGAAGGAGAACGAGGGCGGACACGUGGACGCGCCCACCGAGAGCUCCAUACAAUACUUUCUCGAUCGGCUCUACAUGUCCCGCAUCAGCAUACGCAUGCUCAUCAAUCAGCACACCCUGCUCUUCGGCUCCAGCCCGCAUUCGCUGGGCCGGCACAUCGGCUGCCUGGAUCCCGCCUGCGAUUUGUCGGACGUGGUGCGCGAUGCGUACGAGAAUGCCCGCUUUCUCUGUGAUCAAUACUAUCUGACCAGCCCAGCGCUGGAGAUCCAGCAGUACAGCAGCACGGAUGAGGGUACACCCAUCCGGACCGUGUACGUGCCGUCGCAUUUGUACUAUAUGCUCUUCGAGCUGUUCAAGAACUCGAUGCGUGCCGUUGUCGAGCAUCACAAUCAUGACAAUUGCGAUACGCUGCCGCCGCUCAAGGUGGCCAUUUGUCGCGGCAAGGAGGACAUCUGUGUGAAGAUCUCCGAUCAGGGCGGCGGCAUACCGCGCUCCCAGUCCGAUCAGCUCUUCAAGUACAUGUACAGCACGGCACCGCAGCCCUCCAAAUCCGAUCUGCAUACGGUUCCGUUGGCCGGUUACGGCUACGGCCUGCCCAUCUCCCGGCUCUAUGCGCGCUAUUUCCAUGGCGACAUUGUGCUGCUCUCCUGCGAGGGCUUUGGCACCGAUGCCAUCAUCUACCUGAAGGCGCUUUCCGAUGAGGCCAACGAGCUGUUGCCCAUCUUCAACAAAACUAGCUCAAAGUUCUAUCGGGCCACGGUUCCAACCGGCGACUGGUCCAAUCAGAGCUCGGACAUGAAUGCACGCCAGCUGAACGCGACAACGCCGAAGCGCUACAGCGAUCUGGACUAGGGAGCUGGCCAGCUCGGAACGUUACUCAGGACGACUACAACAAUUGAUUUUAAACUACAGAGAGCAUAAAGAUAUUGAAUAUACACUAUAUAUAUAGAUAAAUAUCACUAGUUCUAGGCAAACAUUCCCAAAUACAAGAGCAACAGCAAUAACAACUAUGUUUUCUAUAUGUAAUUCGUGUUAAGUUUUCAAUUGUUAAACUGGAAAAGCAAAAAUGAGAAAUUGUUAAAAAGAAAGUACGUUAGAAAUGAUUUGCAUAUUUUA